AUGUCUGCGAGAAAACAAACGGAACCCAAAGAGAUUUUGGGUUUGAAUCGUAUAACGAAAAAGCGCAUUUUAGAAUUAUGUAAACGAGAUAAGCUGUAUCAGACUCCAAAGCUAAAUGAUGUCCUAUAUUUGCAUUAUCAGGGAUUCCAAUGCAUUGAAUGCCUAGAAGAUUAUACGGAAUUAAAAUGCUUGUGGCUCGAAUGCAAUGCUAUCUCGGAGAUACAGGGUUUGGAAAAUCAAACCAAAUUGAAAUGUCUCUAUUUGCAAAGCAAUUUAAUACGGAAGAUUGAAAAUCUAGAAUUUUGCAAGGAAUUGGAUACCAUCAAUUUGUCACAAAAUCAAAUAAGGAAAAUUGAGAAUUUAGGUAUUGAUGUUCUGCCGGUUCUGAAUACUUUGAAUAUUGCAUCGAAUUACAUAAAAGAUGCCGAGGGCUUACGAGAUUUGGAGAAUUGUAAAAAUCUUUCGGUAUUGGAUUUAUCAAAUAAUCGCAUCGAUGAUAUUUUGGUGGUAAAGGUCUUUGCCAAAAUGCCGGAAUUGAAAGUUUUGGUAUUACAAGGUAAUCCUGUGGUCUCGAAAAUCCCACAAUAUCGUAAAACUUUAAUAUUGGAAUGUAAAAAACUGACCUACUUAGAUCAACGACCUGUUUUUCCCAAGGAUCGAGCUUGUGCCGAAGCUUGGAAACGUGGUGGCUAUGAGGAGGAGCGUAAAGAAAACGAACGUUGGAAUCGUCAGGAGCGGAGAAAAAUGAGAGAUAGUGUCAAUGCCACCAUUCGCAUGCGUAACAAACAUCGUAAACCCGAAGAUCACAUGACCCUGUUAGUAUCCUCCGAUUCGGAAGAUGAGACGACACAAAAGAAACGACUACGUCAACAAGACGUUUUGGAUGCCGGUGUUGAUAUGGAAUUGUGUAUAUGGGAUGAAGUAGCCGGGGAUGAUCAUAAAGUGGAGGUUUAUGCUUCUUCAUCGUCCUCAUCUGAGAUGAAUGUUAGCUCAUCGACAUCUGUAAUAAGUACGACGGAUUCAAAUGAAACAAAGUCCAGUGAUUUAAAUGAAUCCAAAUCGAGUGAUGGUGAAGGCAGGUCUUCGAAGGAUGAUGAUGGUGAUGUGAAGGAUAAUGAUGUCAUUUGUCUGGCAGAGAAACAAAGUAUGGGAGAGAUUUUAAGUUAUGUUCAUAAGAGAAAGCUGGGAGAGAGUGAAGAGAAUAUUGAGAGGGAUGUGGGUAAGGAAGAGGAGAUAAGACAGAAGGAUAAUGAUGUUACAAAAUUAAAUUACAAUGUGGAAAAAGACAAUUUUGAAAGUAUAACUUCGUAUGAGGAAAGUCCACAAAGAGAACCUUUGAAUUCAGGUAACGAUUACCCUGCCAAGGAGGGUUUAAAGAUCAUCUGUGAAGAGGAUGAAAAGGCCUAUGAGGAAUCGGCUCUUACAAAAUCGAAUCUCUUGUUGGAAGCUGAAAUUCCCGGAGGAGUGGUUUUUGAUAAAGAAUUUGCUCAAUCCGGACCUUUGAAUUCCGAUGCUGAAGCUAUUAUGAAUGCCACCAUGAACAUCUUUGUGGAAAAUGAAAUUCUGGAAAGGGUGAUUUCCACAAAAGAAGUUUCUCAAUGCGAACUUUUGAAUUCCGAUGAUAAUUGUUCUGCCAAGGAGGUAUUCAAUGAAACCCUGGAAACAAUUAUGAAUAUUACCAUAAAUGAUUUGAAUAAAGGAAGUCCAAAUUCCGACAGAAGAGUUAAAAUCCCGAUAGAAGGGGGUUUCAAGGCCAUCAAUGAUAAGCAUGAAAACGCCUAUGAGGAAUCGACUGUUAUAAAGUCGAACCUCUUUGGGGGAAUUCCGGGAAGUGUUAUUUCCAACAAAGAAGUUGCUCAGGGCGAAUUUUUGAAUUCCGACAAUUAUUGCUCCGACAAAGAGGUAUUCAAUGACACCCUUGAUGCCAUAAUGAAUGUCACCAUGAAUGAUUUAAACAAAGGAAGUCCAAAUCCCGACCGGAGAGUUUUUCUGCAAAUUGAAACGGACGAUGAUAGCUAUGAAGUCCUGGAUGAAAUGGAAAAGGCAAUGCAACAAAUGGAAUCUGAAUAUGGAGUGUCUAAAAUAAAUUCUGAUCAAAAUUCCUCUCUGUUACCCGAAAAUUCUCAAGAAAAAAGGCAGGAUGACGUUGAGUAUUCCGCUGAAACUAUUGAAAUGUGUAAUAAUUUGGAGGCCAUUUCUAAAAAUAUGGAUUUUCAAAUUGUCGAAUUGCAAAGAGAACAAGAAGAAAGGAAGGAAGUUUUAGAGGCAUUAUUUUCUCAAAAUCAAUCCGCUCCUGGGAUGAGUAGUACUAGUAGUAGUGAGCAUGAUUUGGCAAUAAUGGGAGAAGAAAACAAAUUACAGUUGAUUGUCGAUCAAUGGGAUAAGGAUACGAAAUUGAAAAAAUAUAAACAUGAUGGGAGUCAUCUAAGAGAAUCAGGUACUAUACAACAAAUCAAAGCGAGAAGUUUGAAUGAUUUGGGAGAAAGUUAUGAUGACAAUAUACUUCAAGGAGAAAAUGUAAUACGAAAACAACAAGAAGAGGAAAUAGAAAUGGAAUUCUCAACCAGCAACCAAAAAGAGAGUAAUAAUUUGAGUGAUAAUAUUAAAAUAGAGAAUUCAUCACUGGAAUGUCGUGAUAAUGCAGAGAGUAUUUCAAACGGAGAAGAGAACUCAAUUAUUUUCAAAUUGGGAGGAAAAAAUUCAAUAGGUUUUCAAAAUCCUUUGAAUAACGCCAACGAUUUUCAAUAUCAGCCACUGGAUAUUGCCUCGCUUACGAGAGCCUCGAAUAAAGCCUUAGAUUCUUUGGAAAGAGAAACCAAAGAGCUUAUGGCUCUAUUACAAAAAUUGGAGGAUGAUAAUGAAGAACAAUUCAGGGGGAGUACUCAGCAAUUAGAAGAAAUUAAUCACAACAUUUCGGAUGAUAAUAAAAAAGAUUAUGACGCGAAUGAACAAUUAAUGAAUGACAGUUAUGAUAUUUACAAAGAGAGUAAUGAAAUGGAACGAGAAACUAAGAAAGGAAAUAAUGAAGAGAAUGAUCAUCCCAAAGAGAUCUUUGAAAAUAAAGAAGAGAAGUAUGAAGAGAGCAUAAAUUUCAAGGAGAGAAAUGAUUAUAUUCUAAUGAAGGAGACUAAAAUAGAAGAGACGUUAUCGUACCGUGAAAAGAUAGAGCCAACUGAAAUCGUUGGAGAACAUAGCGAAGGAGGUUAUGAAGAGAAUAUACAUUCAGAAGAUACGAAAGAAGAAACAAAUGAACAAAUAAAGAAGGGAACUUUUGAUGAAAUCAUCCGUAGAGAGAACUCAGAAAUCGUAAGAGUAGAUAAAGAGGAACACUAUGAAGAGUGCAUAAAUUCCAUCAAAAGAAAAAAUCAUACUCUUACGAACGAGAUUAAAUUAGAAGAGACAUUAUCGGACCGUGAAAACAGAAGGCUACCUGAAAUCGUUGGAGAACAUAGCGAAGAAAGUUAUGAAGAGAACAUAAUUUCACAAGGAAAACAAGAACAUCUGGAUGUACAAAUAAAUAAGGAAAGUUCUAAUAAUCUUUGUCAAAGAGAGAACUCUGAAAUCGUAAGAGAAAAGGAUGAGAAAAACUAUGAAAAGAGUAUAAAUACUAACGAGAAAACUGCUAAUAGCCUAAAGAAAGAGAUUAACAUAGAGGACACAUUAUUGGACCGUGAAAACCAAGAGUUAUGUGAAAUCGUUAGAGAACUUAGCAAUGAACGCACUGAAAUUGCAAGAGAACAUAUCAAUGAAGUAUGUUAUAAAGAGAGUAUUACUGCAGGAGAACACGAUAUCGCUAUGUCCAAGGAGAUUGAACUGCAAAGUGAAAAGGAAAAGCAGCAAUUCCAAGCUGAACACUAUGAGAUCGUUAGAGAACAUAGUGAUGAACUCAAUGAAAUUGUUACAGGAUAUAGCGAUGGACGCAAUGAAAUCGUUAGAGAGCAUAGCGGACUAAGUUAUGAAGAGAGUAUAACUGCAGUAGGAGAAGAAGAUAUUGUUAUGUCCAAGGUUAAUACAUUUGCGGAAGAAAAUGAAGAGCAUAAAUUCCAUGCAAUUACAUACCAAACUGAACACAAUGAAAUAGCAAGAGAACGUAGCGAUGAAGCAUUUUAUAAAAAGAGUAUACCUGCAUCAGGAGAACACGAUAUCGUUAUAUCCAGAGAGAUUACUGUGCAGAGUGAAAAUGAAGAGCAGCUAUUCGAUGGAAUGAUAUGUCAAGCUGAAAUGGAAAAUUUUGAAAUCGAAAGAUAUUUAAACAGGGAAGAUUUUGUGGAAAAAGAGAAGAAUGAAACAAGUAAUGAUGUGCCCACUAUAAACAAUGAAAGUCAGAGAGAAUUUAAAGAAGAGAAUCAUGAAGAAAAUAAUACAAAUAAAGAGAAUGUAUUGAUGGAAGUAGAUGGUGAUAUAUUAGUAACGGAUAUUAAAUUGGAAGAAACAAAAUUAGAGAAUGAGAAAAAUAAUACAAUGGAAGGGCCGAAACUAAAGGAAGCACUGAGAAGCAGCGAUUCUCUUUCCAACAACAUUAAAAUUGAAGAGACUGAAUUGGAGAAACACAUGAGAGAAAAGGGCGGUGCCAAGAUUAUUAAAUCGGAUGAAACAAUACGAGAGCAUGCAUUGAGAGAAGACACUGGCGAUAAUAUGUUAAAUAAUAUAAAAUUGAAAGAGACAAAUCUAGAGAGAAUAACUGAUGAUCAAUUGAAAAAUAUGGAGGGGUAUUUAAAGAAUGAAAUUGGUGAUUUAAUUAUUGUGGCCAGUGAGAAAAGAGAAAAAUUGGAAGAGAAAUACGCUCAGGAAAAGGAUGAUAAUUGCAAGGAGAUUUCUGAUCAAUCAAAAAGGAACAGUGAUAACUUCAUGAGAGAUACUGGUGGGGAGGAUAUACAAUUUUGUGACAAUUUGAUGAAUGAAAAUGAAGAAUAUUCCAAAGAGAGUAUCAAAGGAAAUCUUAAUGAUAUUUUGAGAGAUGAUAACAAUGAAGAUUUAAUAUCAGUGAAAGAGUUGGAGAACACAAAAGAGAAUGUUAACGAAGAAAAUAGAAAAUCUUGUGACAAUUUGGAGAAUGAAAAUGAAGAAUAUUAUAAGGAGAGUAUCAAAGAGAAUGAUGAUAUUUUGACUCAAAAUAAUGAAAAUAUGAUAUCACUGGAACAUUUGGAGAAUAAGGACGAGGAAAAUAUCAAAGACAGUUCAGAUCAUUCAAACGGUAAUGGCAAUGACGAUUAUCUUGAUAAUAUAGAGAAUUCAAAGUCCAAGAUUGAGACAGUUCUGAGUACUGAGGAGGUAAAAUCGAAUCAACUGAUUGCAGAGGAAAUAACAAAUUUUGAAAAUGAUCAGGAUAGAGAAAUAAUGGAGCGAAAUUUGAGUGACAUAAAAGUAUGGGAAACUGAAAAGAGAAACAUCGUAGACGUGGAUGGAAAAUUGAAUACAAAAUCUCAGAGAAAUCAAAGAGAAGAAAUAAUAGAACAGAAAUUACCGAAAACUAAAGAGAAUUUAAAUACAAAAUCGGAGCCUAAUUUAAGAGCAGGCAUACAUUUAUUGAAAGAAAAUAUAGAGAAUUUUGGAACAGAUCUAGGGUGUUCGGAUAUGGAAAAUGAUCUUAUUUCUAGAAUUCGAAAAACUGAGUCCAUUUGGAAAAUACCAAUCAAGAGCGCAAUGUCCUCUAGCCAAGAAAUCACAGAAAAACGUAGUGAUGAUGAUGAUGAGUGUACGGAAACUCCCUCCCCUGAAAAUUCUGAAUUACAAAAUUUACCCCUAACCAAGACCAUCCAUGAAGUUUUAGAAUCUCUGGCAGAUGUUUUUAAAGAUUUCCCCCGGCAGCAACGAAAAGUUGUGAAAUCUACGGACAGCGAAAAAAGAGAAAGUUUAAAGAAAUUAGUUGAAAAUUCCAAAUUGAAAUCCCUUUUUAAUCAAGAUACCCAUGAAAGCUUGGAUAAACUACUUGGUGAAUAUAAGAAACAACAGGAGGUUGAACUUAAAGAAAUGGUAAAUCGGGUCUAUGCCCAAAGGGAACGUUAUGAUGAUACCAUUGAAUUGAUUGAUGGUAAGCUGAUGAUUGUCAAUAGGGAUACUGGGGAGCUAAAGGAGUUAACAAAACCUUCGAAGGGUAUUAUUUAUUCGGAUAGCGAUAAUAAUGAUUAUGAUACUGCAGAAUCGGAUCAGGAAGAGGAUGGAGCGUGUUGUAGUAAGCCGAGAAAAAGAACGAAUAAUAAGGAGAGGAAAUUGUCUAUUACUCCCAAUGAUACUGCGGCACAAUUCUCAUCUUGGAAAUCCAUUGAGAGUGAGGCUAAUGAGGGGGCAUGUUGCAGCAAACCUAGAAAAUCAAUGGUAAAAUCUGGUGCCAUUUUAAGCCAUAAAAAUUCCUGGAACUCUAUUGAAAGUGACACAGAUGAAGGGGAUGAGGAACAAUUUUAUUCUCUCGUUCCUUCUUCGUCAUCUAUUAUUUUUGAUAAUAUUCAUCCGGAAUUUUUCGAUAAGCUAUCAUUUGAUCAUUUGACCAUGACCCAACAGGAUGGAGAUCAUAUUGUACAGUGCUCACGUAGCUAUACGGAGUUGAAAAAUCUCUUUACCCGGCCGCAAAAUGAGAAAAUAUUAACUCAAGAAGAGCGUAACGUUUGGGAGAGAUUACAAGAAAAUAAUACACAUUCUCAAACACGCGAUGGAACAUCAAACGAAGAGAAUAAAACUGUAAAUACCAGUAAUGAGAAAUUCUCUGAGAGCAACAAUGAAGAGUUACUCUUAAAUAAAAUGUUACAGAGAACAAAGAAAAGAGAGUUUGUCAAAGAGGGAAAUUCAAAUGACAAACAAAUGGAUUUUAUUGUCGAAAUUAAAAAGUCUCAGGAUGGAGUUAAAUUAUAUGAAUAUAAUGGGGAAGGUAUUAAGGAGAGCGAUGGUGGAAAUCUGAAUGGAUCAAAUAAAAUCGGAGAGCCGGAACAGUCAAUCUGUCAGAAUAUUGAAGAAGUCAGUGUGGUAACAAAUAAUAGGGCAGAGCGAGAAAAAGAUAAUGCUAUCGCUCAGAAUAUUCCAGAGAAUAUUAAUGAUGAUGAAAAUAUACAAGAGAUUCAAAUUGAUGCUAAAGAGAAACACAAAAAUCCAUGCGAAGACUCUAAAGAAAACCGUUAUGGCGAUGUUACCGUAAGUGAUGACGAUAAUUCCAUUAAGGAAGUGUAUAAUAAAAAUAAUAUUUUAGAAUCUGAAAUGGAAUCAGAAAAUAAUGCGGAAAUUGAAAAAAAUGGUAUUGAAAUUAAAACUCAAAUGAAGGUAUUGCCAAUUAAUGAAAAUAUAAAAUCUGAUAAUUCGAAUGCUUCGCCUUUAUUACCCGAUGAAAAUACAGAAAAUUUUGACAUUUUGGAAUGCAAUUUGGAAAUAUUGGAUUGUAACGUGGAUGACGCGCAAUUUACGAAAGAUUUGCAUCAUCAUGCAUACAAAGUAAAAUUGGCUCAGGAACUAAAGCCAGCUGACCAUGGACAUCGAAGGGAUUUAGAUAAUCUGCCAAUAAACUCACCUUCAGUGGAGAGACCCAUUUCCAUCAUUAUGGCUUCGUCAAUAAGCAUUUGGGAUGAGGAAAAUUUUUGCGUGAUUCACGAGAAGCAAAUUCAUCCUCAACGUGUCACUGUGUCGUGGCAGACAUAUGGUUCCUUUUGA